CAUUUAGAAAAAUAAAACUACUACUACUUAUUAUAUUAAAUAUUUAAUCUGUGACUUAAAGCAUAGAUUAUACACUUAAUAUAUUCGAACUUAAAGUUAGAAUAAAAUCAAACGAGAACCUAAUGUAAAAUUGAAUUUAAUAUACGUGUAUAUCAUACGAAAGGAUGUCUGCUGUGACGAAAUUCAAAGAAAACAAGCCAGAGCCUGUGGCUUACAGUGAAGCAGCUCUCAGAAACAAUGCGGUGGUUGUCGAAUACUGUCGUACUUCUAUGGCUGCAUUGUCAGGAUCCACUGCAGGUGUUCUUGGUCUCACUGGGCUCAAUGGCUUUGCAUUCUACGUGUUUGCAGUUGUAAUGCUCUGGAUAAUGUUCUUAGUCAAAGUUGGACCACAUUGGAGCAAGUAUUUUAUAACCAGACAGAGUGUUCUGACAAAUGGAUUCUUUGGAGCAUUAUUUACAUAUGUACUAUUUUGGACGUUCAUUUAUGGGAUGGUUCAUGUUUAUUAGGUUAUACAAGUUAAAGUUGUUAUUCAAUAAGAGGUAAUAGGAAUAUAAGGUAUAUUGUACAUUAUACUACUACUAUAUCCAAUUAUAUUUAUACUAGACUAUUUUGCAAUUAUUUAAAUAUUUAUUUGAAUAAAGAUUGUGAACAGUAUUUAGAUUAAAUUAAUCAGAAUCACAUAACAUUGAUGCACUUGAUAAUUCUAAAUCUUUUUAACUGUUAACUGUUUGUUUGGGCUUCAAUUUUUAUACUAGAUCAAAAGCAGGCAAGUGUUUCUUAAAAGUGGACUAAAUAGCGAAAUAGGGUGGUGAGGUAACCAAAAUAGUACUUUCAAAGAUAAUUUACUGAGGAAGGAUUGAGAGCCAGAGAUUUAUUAAUUACUAAAUAGAAAACAAUACUGAAAUAUUGGUAAUCUAGGGUCUACAUUAUGCCAUCAAAAUCACCUAAAUUGAAUAUUUGGCAAAGAAACUAUUAUUUUUUGUCACAAUCCUGUUAAAAUGACCACAUAUAGCAGCAGGUGUAUAGAAUAGUUAUAAGACUGAAAGAUUAUUAAACCUCUUUAACCUAUAAACAGUUUUUAUCCAGUGGGAUGUUUUGUUAGUAGCCCUAUACUAACCUCUAUAUUCAUAUUAAUUAUAAUAUAAUGCACAUUCAACUAAGUCAGUCCUCACUGAGUGGCAGCCUCAACCACAAGCAAUCAAUGAUGUGAUAGCCAGUAUAUAGCAUUAGUGUAGGGGAAAUAUCCCUAAACUCGUUACCAUUCCCAAGUAUGAAACCUAACAACAUGUAUACAGAAACUAUAAUAUUAAUUAUGUUAUUGAUGACUAGCUAUCGUAGAAUUGGAAGUCAAAUAGCGGUAGCAGUCAAUAGAUGGUUCAGCAAAACUACAUUUUGAUGUACAGAGUCAGACUAAAAAAUGUAAAUAAAAUAUUCAUGUUUUCAAUGUCAGCCCUGACCCAAACUUAUUUGUAAAGAGAGAACUACAAAUGUUGUUAAAUAAAUUAUUUAUUAAUCUUGGUUAAUAAAUUUUAUUAAUAAUAAUUGCAUUUGGUAUAUAGCAGGUUGAAGAAUAAAGUAUUGUGAUACUUAAUCCAAA